GAACCUACUCCAGCUGCCAUGCGACUAGCCGCCAUGGAGACCUCCCCUCGCCUUAAGCUCGUCUCGCUCGCUCUCCUACUAGCCUCGUUUCCCUUUCCCUGUGCCACGGCAGCGCUACCCCCUUCCCUCCUAGAAGAACAGGCCGGAGCCCUCCUCGCCUGGAAAGCUACCAUACACAACCCCCCAGCCCAGCUCCGAUCUUGGGGAAACACCACAACCCAGCCAUGUGGCUGGUACGGCAUCAAGUGUGGCAAGCAACAAGCGAGGCACCAAGAGCAAGAGGUGGUGAUCACCGAGAUCUCUCUCCGGGGGUUGUGGCUGAGAGCGAGGCUGGAGGACAUCAACUUCACGGCGUUGCAUACUCUCACGAGUAUCCGACUACCCUACAAUCAGAUAAGAGGCCCCUUUCCACCCGCUUUAGCAUCAAACUUGCCAAACCUCCGCCACCUCCUGCUCCAGGGGAAUGGACUCUCCGGUCAAAUACCGAGACAAAUAAAACACCUGGAGAGUCUCGUUGGGUUGGACUUGUCAAACAACCACUUGUCUGGUCCUAUACCCAUUGAACUAGGCUACCUAAACAAGUUGAAAAUGUUAGAUCUUUCCACCAACAACCUCACAGGCCCAAUUCCAAGAAGUCUAGGGAAUUGCAGUAAGCUCACCAUCUUGUACCUUGAUGGUAAUCAGUUAUCUGGACAUCUUCCUCGAGAACUAGGUUACAUCGUGAAACUACAGAAGUUAGCACUUAGCAGCAACAAACUCAUGGGUUCCAUCCCCAAUACCUUUGGGAGUUUGAUUAACAUCACUGGAUUGUACCUAUGGGAUAACCAACUAUCCGGACAUGUUCCUCCAGAACUAAGUUCCUUGGUGAAUCUGGAAGACUUGGAACUUGCCAAAAACAGACUCACGGGUUCCAUCCCUGGUUCCUUUGGAAAUUUGACCAAGCUCACUACCUUGUAUCUUUAUGGUAACCAGUUCUCUGGACAUGUUCCUCCAGAACUAGGUUCCCUUGUGAAUUUGCAAGUGUUGUCGCUUCACAACAACCAAUUAAUCGGUUUCAUCCCCAAUACCUUUGGAAACCUGAUCAAUCUCACUGCCUUGUACCUAUAUCAUAACCAAUUAUCCGGGCAUAUUCCUCAAGAACUAGGUUCCCUAGUAAAUCUAGAAUUGUUGGAUCUUAGCAACAACACACUCAUGGGAUCCAUCCCCAAUACCUUUGUAAAUUUGACCAAAAUCACUACCUUGUCCCUAUAUGAUAACCAACUCUCCGGACAUGUUCCUCGAGCACUAGGUUUCUUGGUGAAUUUUGAACUUUUGUUGCUUCAAAAAAACCAACUCACGGGUUCCAUUCCCGAUACCUUUGGAAAUUUGAACAAGCUCACUACCUUGUACCUUUUCCGUAACCAACUCUCUGGAUAUGUUCCUAAAGAAUUAGGUUCCUUGGUGAGUCUAGAAGACUUGCAACUUUACAAAAAUAAACUCUUGGGUUCCAUCCCCAAUACAUUUGGAAAUUUGACCAAGCUCACUACGUUGUACCUAUAUGAUAACCAACUUUCCGGGCAUGUUCCCCGAGAACUAGGGUGCUUGGUGAAUCUAGAAGACUUGGAACUUCAUAGAAAUAAACUCUUUGGUUCCAUCCCCAAUGCCUUGGGAAACUUGACCAAACUUACUACCUUGAACCUAGGGGGAAACCAACUUUCAGGGGGCAUUCCUCAAGAACUAGGCUACUUGGUGAAUCUAGAAGACUUGGAACUUGACAAAAACAAACUCAUGGGUUGCAUCCCCAAUACCUUUGGAAAUAUGACAAAGCUCAAUACCUUAUUCCUUGAUGAUAACCAAUUCUCCGGACAUGUUCCACAAGAAAUUGGCACCUUAAUGGAUCUCAAAUAUAUACAAUUUGAUGGUAACAAUCUCUCUGGUCCCUUGCCACCAAGCUUGUGUGUUGGCGGCAUGCUCAAGACAUUGAUCGCAUUUGACAACAAUCUCAAUGGGCCUUUGCCGUCAAGUUUGAUAAACUGCAGAAGCCUAGUUAGAGUUCGUCUUGAAAGGAAUCAGAUAGAAGGAGAUAUUUCUAAGAUGGGGAUUUAUCCAAAUCUUGUCUACAUGGAUAUGAGAUCAAACAACCUGUUUGGUCAACUAUCUUUUCUCUGGGGUGAUUGCCAUAAUCUUCAGAUGCUACGAAUUUCAAACAACAACCUUACGGGGGAAAUACCCGCAAGUAUGGGGCAACUAUCUCAACUAGGGUUACUUGAUCUUUCAUCAAACAAGCUUGAAGGAGAGAUUCCAAGUGCACUAGGAAAUCUGAAAAAAUUAUUCAACUUGAGCCUCGCGGACAAUUUGUUGCAUGGAAGUAUUCCGCAAGAAAUUGGAGCACUAUCCAGUCUGGAAUUACUGGAUUUGUCAUCAAAUAACCUAAAUGGUUUGGUACAAUAUUCAAUUGAGCAUUGUUUGAAACUUCGCCUUUUAAAGCUGAAUCACAAUAACUUCAUUGGAAACAUCCAUGCCGAGCUAGGGUCAUUGCGCAAUUUAUACGAAUUGGAUUUAAGUGACAAUUCAUUUAUUGGGGCAAUACCAAGCCAACUUAGUGGUUUGAGCAUGCUAGAAAAUCUGAAUCUUUCACAUAAUGAACUAAAUGGCUCCAUCCCAUCAUCAUUUCAGAGUAUGGAAAGCUUGACAUCCAUUGAUGUAUCUUAUAAUGAAUUGGAAGGGCCAGUCCCGAACAGUAAGCUCUUCCAACAAGCUCCAAACCAGCGGUUCAUGCAUAAUAAGAUGCUAUGUGGUGUGGUGAAUGGAUUACCCCCUUGCAAUAGUGUAACUCAGAGCAGAGGCAAGUGGAAAGGAUACAAAAUACUUGUACUAGCUCCUGUUCUGGCUCUGAUAUGUCUUAUUCUUAUUGUGAUGAUAUUGAUGUUCUGGCGUGAAAGAAAGAAAACCAAGGAAACCAACAAUGAUAAAGUAACACAAGAAAAAGUCUUCUCUAUUUGGAGUUUUGAUGGGGCAAAUGUGUUCAAGCAAAUAGUUGAAGCAACCAACCAUUUUAGCGAGAUGCAUUGCAUAGGAACCGGGGGAUAUGGAUCUGUCUAUAAAGCUAUACUUGCAACAGGCGAAAUAUUUGCAGUGAAGAAGAUACACAUGAUAGAAGAUGAGUGUUGCAUGAACAAGCAGUUGUUCAAUCGUGAAGUUGAGGCAUUGGUGCAGAUUCGUCAUCGAAACAUCGUACAACUUUUAGGUUAUUGUUCCUCUAGCCAAGGCAGGUUCCUUAUCUAUGAAUAUAUGGAGAGAGGAGACUUGGCAAAAAUGUUGAAGGACAAUGAAAGGGCAAUUGAAUUGGAUUGGAGAAGGCGGAUAUGUAUUGUAUUGGAUGUGGUUCAUGCUUUGGCAUACAUGCACCAUGACUGUUCAUCAACAAUAGUCCAUAGAGACAUAACAAGCAACAAUAUUUUGCUUGAUCAAGAAUUUAGAGCCUGCAUCUCUGACUUUGGUACGGCUAAAAUACUCAAUAUUUAUGGCCAAAAUCUCACAAGGCUAGCUGGGACGAAAGGCUACCUUGCCCCAGAGCUGGCAUAUACAGAAAACGUGACGGAGAAAUGUGAUGUAUACAGCUUCGGAGUGCUCGUUUUGGAGCUAUUUAUGGGAUCUCAUCCAGGCGAUUUGCUCUCAUCCCUCUCGUUGACCACCAAGAACAAUUUUGUGUGCAUGAAGGAUCUGCUGGACUCCAGGCUUGCCCUCCCGGAUGCUGAAUCCGCCAUAGAAAUAUACUGCAUGCUCAGUGUCGCAGUUCGGUGCCUGGAGCCGCUUCCAUCCCGCAGGCCAACGGCACGACGUGCCAGCGACGAGCUAUCUACGAUUAAAGCUUGUGAAGAUCGUGCUGAUUAUUUGCACGCCGGCAUCACCUUUCCUGUGAUGUAGUGCAUGUGGCUAUGGAUGAUUAAUUUGUAUCAUGUGGUUUCUUCUCUGCUACCUACCUAGCUACUUGGUUAAAAAGUGUUGUUUCCUCUGUAACUGAUACCAAAGGUAACAUAUUAUGGUGUAUAUGGAGCUAGCAAACAUGUACUACUGUAAAAAAAU